UCGGCAGUCCCAUCGGAAAACGUCAAACGAAAAUCCCGAGGUGAGCAGCGGAGAAAAAUAUCUUUCGCCACAAAAUUUUCGACUUUUUCUCGCUUUCGGUGCAAUUUUCUCGUUUCGAACCAAAUUGAACACAACUAGGCAAGAUGCUUCGUGCGCCGUUGACCAGGGCACUAGCGCUUGGAGCGCGCUGCCCAACAACGCAAAUCGUCAUCCGUACGUCGACGACGACUCCGGCCAAGGCCCCGGAAAAGAUUGAGGUGUUCGUGGAUGACUUACCGGUGAUGGUCGACCCGGGAACCACGGUGCUGCAGGCUGCUGCUAUGGUAGGCGUCGAGAUUCCUCGCUUCUGCUACCAUGAGCGACUGGCCGUGGCCGGAAACUGUCGUAUGUGCUUGGUGGAGGUGGAAAAGUCUCCGAAGCCUGUAGCCGCAUGCGCCAUGCCAGUCAUGAAGGGAUGGCGAAUCAAGACCAACUCCGAAAUGACCCGCAAGGCUCGCGAAGGUGUGAUGGAGUUUUUGCUGAUGAAUCACCCGCUGGAUUGUCCAAUUUGCGAUCAGGGCGGCGAAUGCGAUCUGCAGGACCAGGCUAUGGCUUUCGGAUCGGAUCGUUCGCGGUUUACCGAUAUCGAUCACAGUGGAAAGCGUGCCGUCGAAGACAAGGACAUUGGCCCAUUGGUUAAGACCAUCAUGACCCGAUGCAUCCACUGCACGAGAUGCAUCCGAUUCGCUUCGGAAGUUGCCGGAGUCGAUGAUUUGGGUACGACUGGCCGAGGAAAUGAUAUGCAGAUUGGAACGUACGUCGAGAAGUUCUUCCUGUCGGAGUUGUCUGGAAAUGUGAUCGAUCUUUGCCCGGUUGGUGCUCUGACUAACAAGCCGUACAGCUUCGUAGCUCGUCCGUGGGAGAUUCGCAAGGUGGAAUCGAUUGAUGUGCUGGAUGCUGUGGGCAGCAAUAUCAUUGUGAGCACCCGUACCGGAGAAGUUCUCCGUAUUCUGCCUCGUGAGAACGAGGAUAUCAACGAAGAAUGGCUAUCGGACAAGUCCCGUUUCGCUUGUGAUGGAUUGAAGCGCCAGCGUUUGGUUGCUCCCAUGCUACGCAAUCCAAGUGGUGAAUUGGAAGCAGUCGAAUGGGAGUCGGCCCUGAUUACCGUCGCCCAAGCUUUGCGGGGUGCCCCCAAGGGCAAGGUGGCAGCUGUUGUCGGAGGAUUGACCGAUGCCGAAGCGUUGGUUGCCCUUAAGGAUCUGCUGAACCGUUUAGGAUCGGAAACUUUGUGCACUGAGCAGAAGUUCCCCACUGAUGGUUCGGGAACUGACUUCCGAUCCAGCUAUUUGCUGAAUUCACCGAUCGCUGCCUGCGAGGAAGCCGAUCUGGUGCUGCUGGUCGGAACCAACCCAAGAUACGAAGCCCCUCUGUUGAACACCCGUCUGCGCAAGGGCUACGUCCACAAUGAGCAGAACAUUGCAUUGAUCGGACCGAAGGUCAAUCUGUCGUAUGAUUAUGAGCACCUUGGAAACGAUCCCUCGCUGGUUCGGGACAUUGCCAGUGGCAACCAUCCGUUUGCGAAGAAACUGAAGGCCGCCAAAAAGCCACUGAUCAUCGUCGGUGCUAACCAGCUGGCCCGUAAGGACGGAUCAGCCUUCGUGACCGCCCUGCACGUCUUUGCCAACUCGCUCCAGCCUGCUGAUCCCAACUGGAAGGUCUGGAACGUCCUGCAGACAAACGCUGCUCAGACGGCCGCUCUGGACGUUGGCUACAGCGCCGGUGUAGAAUCCGCUUUGGCUUCCGAACCCAAGGUCCUAUUCUUGCUCGGAGCCGACGCCGGUGCCAUCAAGAAGGAACAGCUCCCCAAGGAUUGCUUUGUCAUCUACCAGGGUCACCACGGUGAUGCCGGAGCGCAGUUGGCCCAUGCCAUCCUGCCAGGAGCUGCCUACACCGAGAAGCAAGGCACCUACGUCAACACGGAAGGCCGCGCUCAGCAAACCCUCGUUGCAGUGACUCCCCCAGGAUUGGCCCGCGAAGACUGGAAGAUUCUGCGUGCCCUGUCGGAAAUCGCUGGAGCUCCUUUGCCAUACGACACCCUGGAUGAGCUUCGGUCCCGGUUGGAGGACAUCGCACCGCACCUGGUACGCUACGGACACCUCGAGAAGGCCAACUUCUUCAAAACCGCCGAGGAAUUGCUGAAGAACGCGGCCGUGCACUUCGACGGCAGCAAGGUGGACGUCAGCCAGAAGAAACUGGAGGACUUCUUCAUGACCGAUCCGAUCACGAGGGCAUCGCCUACGAUGGCCAAGUGCGUCACGGCGGCCAAGAAGCAGAGCGCAAAGGCGGCAAAUUAAAUGAGUGAAAGUUUUGGUUAGAAAAUUCUCUUUCCGUUAAUGUUGCACUACUAUUUGAUAUCUGAAAGAACGAGUAAAGUCUUGUUAAAGAAGGGUGCGAUUUUUGUAUCGAUGAAAUUAAUUGUCGAAAGGCGCUGGACUGAUGAGAACGCUAUAGAAAUGAAAGUAAAAUUGUAAAUUUUAAUCAACACACGAGUUACGAUAAUGUGUAAACUGUGCUAGCUUCAGAUUACAUAAGUUAAUAAAGAUCAAAUAACACUUA